GUAUUCAGCUUUACAGACUUAUAGGAUUGCAGAGUAUCAAAAAACCGAACAAAAAACGCAAACAUGGAAAAAACUGGACUGAGUCCAAAUGAUCCCAGUUCAUUUUCAAGACCUGAACUUGUAACAAUUAGGGACAUCUGUCUCAAUCUCAACAUUAAUUUUGAUAGCAAAAUCCUUAGUGGAAAUGUAGUUCUAACUGUGGAAAAACUAGAUGAGAGUGCUACUGAAUUGGUUCUUGAUUCAUUUAAGUUGAACAUAUCAUCUGUAUAUGACUCUGAAUCAAGCAAUAAAUUGCAGUAUGAGUUGUCAGACCAUAUACCUGACUAUGGAUCAAAACUGACCAUCCAACUUCCUAGUGCAGAGACCAAUCAUUUCAAGAUUGGUAUUGAUUACCAGACCAGUCCAGAAGCAAGUGGGCUUCAAUGGCUUUCUCCCAAAGCCACAGCAGGGAAAAAACUUCCAUACUUGUUCAGUCAAUUCCAGUCUUCACAUGCUAGGUCUGUUAUACCUUGUCAAGAUACCCCAGGUGUCAAACAAACAUACAGUGCAUCAAUUUCAGCCCCACCAGAGUUCACAGUGCUUAUGUCUGCAAUUUGUAAUGGCACAAAGACCCUGCAAGCUGGGAAGUUGUCACAUUUCAUUCAAAAAGUGCCUGUACCUUCUUACUUGAUAGCAAUAGCUGUGGGGGCCCUGGAAUCCCGGAAAUUGGGGCCCCGCUCACAUGUGUGGGCAGAAAAAGAGAUUAUAGACGAGUGUGCAUAUGAGUUUGCUGAUACUGAACAUCAGUUGAAGACUGCUGAGGAUAUUUGUGGGCCCUAUGUGUGGGGUAUAUAUGACUUGUUGGUGUUGCCUCCAAGUUUUCCAUAUGGAGGUAUGGAAAAUCCAUGUUUGACUUUUGUUACACCAACUUUAUUGGCUGGUGAUAAAUCUUUGGCCAAUGUUGUGGCACAUGAAAUAGCCCAUAGCUGGACAGGAAAUUUAGUGACCAACAGAAACUAUGAACAUUUCUGGCUCAAUGAAGGGUUCACAGUAUUUGUUGAGAGGAAAAUUCAGGGCAGAUUGACAUCUCCACAAUCUCAAGAUUUUGAUGCUUACACCAGUAUCAGUGAAUUGAAAGAAACGAUCGACCGACUCGGCGUGGACAGCCCCCUCACCCGGCUGGUGGUGGACCUGAAGGGCGUGCACCCGGACGAGGCCUUCUCGACGGUGCCCUACGAGAAGGGCCAGACGUUCCUCAGGUGGCUGGAGGCGAGAGUCGGCGGCCCCGAAAAGUUCGAGCCCUUCCUGCGGGAGUAUUUCGAGGAGUUCAAGUACCGGUCGAUCGACACGUCGGACUUCAAGGGGUUCUUCGAGAAAAGGUUUCCGGAGUGCGGGGAUGUCGAUUGGGACACCUGGUUGUACAGUCCUGGAAUGCCUCCAGUGAUCCCCCAGUAUGACACUUCUCUGGCGGUCAUUUGCGACACAUUGCUGGACAAGUUCUACCAGUGGGAUGGAGAAGGUUCCCUACCGAUUUCGGAGGAAGAUGGUGGCAGUUUGAGCACCAAUCAGAAAAUUUACUUCUUUCAGAAAAUUUCCGAUCAAGAGGCGCAGCCCAUACAAAAACUGAUUCUUCUGGAGAAACUCUUCAACUUGGACAAGAUGAAGAAUGCCGAGAUCAAAUUUCGCUGGCUGAGAAUUUGCUUAAAGGCUCGAUGGGAGGACAAAGUACAUGAUGUCCUCACCUGGAUCAACAUUGUCGGCAGGAUGAAGUUCGUCAGACCGUUGUACAGGGAGCUCUUCCAGUGGGAGGCGACGAAGUUAAGAGCAAUAGAGAAUUUCAAGGCCAACAGGCGCAACAUGAUGCACGUGACCGCUUUCACGAUCGCUAAGGAUUUGCGUUUGGAGGAAUGAAAAAGUACGUGAUUUUAUUCAUUAUGUUACAAGGCUGAUCGUUCGCUGAGCUUUAUUUUAGUAUUAUGGCAGUUUAUUAUAUCGAAUAAAUACAUUUAUCUGUUGG